CUCAACUAGGCACCUGAAAAUAUUAUUUUUCUGGGACUGUUCAAAGAAGUGAUUAUUGACAAGUAAAUAAGAAUAAGCUAGUUCAAGGCGACAGGUAAAAAAGUUUGGAUGUCUUUCUGGCCGUUCAGAUUUGGCUGUGGAUUGCAGUCAGACCAGUGAAUUGUUUUUUCGCCGCUCGCCGCCGGCAAUGGCAAAAUGCAGUCAUGCGUUUUGAGUGUUGCAGUUAGUCACGAAUACAAAAGUGGAUAUAUUGUUGAAGUCACAGCUUUCAAUUUUAUCUUUGAAGGGUUUUAUUUUCGCACCCUAGCAAGUCAAGCGCAUCAAUGAGUCAGCGGAAUCGGAGGUGAACCGGGAGAAAAUGAUUAACAGCUAAAACGUUCCUGGUUGCCCGCAAGACAUACACAGUUGUCACGUCCGCGAUAUUCUCGUCCGAAACAGCUCAAUAAUGAAGCUUCUCUCGUUGGUUUUGCUUAUCGUCGCUUUUAAAUGCUCACUCGCAAAUUUCGCCUCGAGCAACUCAUGUCAGCCGCUGAAUCGAACGCUGUUUGGAAGUUGCAUUGACGCUGGCUAUAAUGUGUCUGAAUUUAAAACAAGCACACCACAAAGUCAACAACUGGCGAUUUUAAUUCAGGCAGCGCAGAGCAAGCUUAAAAACUGUUCUUUCUCAAAUCAGUUUUCAAAUCUUAUGACUUGCUCUAUCUUCCUACCUGGUAGUAAGUGUCCCUCAGCAAGAUUACCGUGUAAAGACGCUUGUAGAAGUUUUGUUAGCGACUGUCAAGACGGUUCAAGCGACAUCGAAGGACUAUUAACAUUGUUCAAUGGACUAUGUCAUCUUCUUCCCACAGACCAGUGUUUAUCAACAUCCAUUGCCCACUCUAAUACUACUACUGCAGGUUAGUAAAUUGAAAACGUAUUUAAAAUUUAUUAAUAUAUUUUAAAUCAAGGUUUACGUGUUAUCAUGGACACUGAAUAUGAUAAUGUCGAUAGGGCACCGUUGGCCCUAAAUCCUUUUUUUGUGCGCAAUAUAAAAGUGCACUACAUUGACGGACUACUUCCGGGUUGCCAAGUCUAAAGCACGUAUAGCCCGUUGUGGUCUGAAAUAUAAUAGCUUUCUGCCAUUCUUUUGCAACAAACGUGGGCAGAAUUUUUGGAGUGAUAAACAAUCUCUUUAGUUUAUAAUGGUGUAAUCUUAAAUGGUGGUAAAAGAGAGAAUAUUAUAUUUGGCAAAGUAUAUUUCAUUUUGAUAAUUAAGCAGAAUAUUCUUUUUUUGAGUGUUACUAACCACAAAAACUCAAGCAGAAUUUUAAGUGUUUGCUGUCGAGGGGGCGAAUAUGGGACUUUGGAUCUCGCCAACCGGCGUUUCGCUUGACAGACAUAGCAACAGCCUAUUAAAUGCAUUCCUAAUGAAAAUCAUGCGAAGCCCACGUGCCUUCUGUACUGUAUCUCGGCAUAAUAGCCGGUUAUCGCGUGUAGUGUUUUGUAUCAAGGAAAACGUUCGGAGAAAACAGAUAAGGCUGUUAUUUGCUUUACCUAUCAACUUGAAUACCGUAGAAAGAUAACAUGUAAAAAUGUUGAGUCAAACAAUUAAUCGCUCCACCGUUGAGAGCAGCAAAAUAUCGUAUGCAUAACUCUAACAAAAUUCUCAAAUCUGAUUGGCUAUCAGCUACACUGAUUUUGUUCUUAGGAAAGCACGCACCAUCGCGUGCAAGUACUUGAUUAUGGAAAAUACAGAAGACUCUGUUUGCGAGAUUGGCUACAAUUUUCGGAAUAUUAUGUAUUUUAAUCUUAAAACAGCUCAAAAUAUCGCUAACUUCGUUAUAGUUAUGAUUAGUUGGUAACAGUCGUGUCGUCUGUCUGUGAGAGAACCAGUGUUUUAAAGACAAAUCAGACUCCCCCCUAUGCGGGUUUCCGAUAUUGUUAAUCACUUUCUCGUAUGAUUACAGGCUGAGUCCCAUUACCGUCACUAUUUAUUACUGUCAUCGCUACCAUCAUUUCUUAAUUAUAAUUCAUUCAAAUAUUUCGUAGUUUCUGAUUGCCUCAAAUCCACAGGAUAAAUUAAAUCUUCAUAACCAACCGGCGCUGACCAAAUUUGGAGGAUGCAAGCAAUUUGGUACCAUCCAACCGAUGGUAUAUUUGAUUGGAAACGAGAAUGCAUGGGCAAUAGACCAUUCAUUAACCACGUUUCAGGGCGUUCACGGUUAUCCGAAGGCGCAAAAUAGCUGAAUUUCUGUCUAAACUUGAACAGUGCAGAGAAUAAAUGCAAGAAUAGGCAAAACAUAUGUUAUCAACUUUUUGAGAAGUAUCCGCAAGGAAAAACAUCUGUAAAUUCCUGAAACCGAGCCGAGAAAUAGGCCACCAGUUAACGAGAAAGUAAGCUUGUUAAGGACGUAGAAGUAUUUUGAAUGAAUAAUAAAAACAUUAUUGAACUCGGCUUUCGUAUGAUGUGAAGAAUUAUGCAGAGCGAGGAGGAGGAUGUUAUCCACCGGGGCUGAAGGCCUCGGGGGAAAACAUCCUCCCCGAUCUUCACAAUAGCCCAUUUUACAGUUACAGGUGAAAACGAGGCCAGAGUUGACCUUGUUUUGAUACAUCCCUUCUUGUUUUAUUAUGUAAAUCAUGUUGUUCUUAUGCUAACUUGUAUUUUUCAAGCAUAACUUCCACUACAAAAGGAAGGAGGUUUGUAUCAAAACAAGGUUAACCUCAGCCUCACGUUCACUCAAAGGCUAGGUUACUAAGUCCGCAACGGUAAGAUGGUCUAUUCUUCACAUCCUACUUAGCCACCUUCAAUAUUGCUAAUUAUCGUUAUGAUCAACGGAAAUAACAUUAUGAUAUCAAUGAAUUGGAUAUAAUUAUUUUUUAAACUGAAUACCUCACUUAUAUCUAAUCGACUGCUUCUUUUGUGGUUUACUCAGAUAACGUCACGUGUCAUGAGCUCAAUAUUAGACAAUGUGAAGAUGCAGGUUACAGCCACACUUCUGUGUCAAGUGCAUAUCAGAAGAUACUGGAAACUAGUGAUGUAUUUAACAACAGCAAGGAUAACUCCACGCUCAGAAAAAUAAUAUGCAUGGAGGUAGCCCCUCCUUGUGAUAACAAAUCUAACAACACGUUGCUUGUUCCCUGUAAAACUACGUGUGAGGCUGCCUUUAACGAGUCGCAACCGCAGUUCAAAGAAAUCUUUAAGAGCAGCGAUUACUGUUCUGCAUUUCCAAAAACUGACCGCGUUGACGGACAGGAUUAUUGCGUUCUUCAAGAGUGGCCAAAUACAGGUUAUUGGCCAAGUGAUCUGUGGAAAAGAGUAAGCACAGGUAAUUUUACAACUCUAAAAAACAAUCUUACUUUUUAUAUUUUAGUUUGAAUAUUUUAUUGAGGAAAGGGUGUAAGCAUUUGUAAGGAGUGAACAGUCAGGGUUUUUCCCCAACUCCCAAAGAAGGAUUUUGUAGUUCCAAAUGAAAUGUUUACCGAAAAUGGGAGAUUCCUCAAGAGUCUACAUUCUUUAAAGUGGACUCACCACAUCAAAUUUAGUUUCAUGGCAGGUACGGCCAUCAGUUCAAAAAGCAAAUGGCGCUAGAAAGCGGUCUCUCUGUUAAAAUAUCAGGAAACCCGAAUUUUUCGUUUCUUUCGCUGCAACGGAUCAUAGUGAGACUAUGACUCUUGUUCUGGAUUCUUCUGAAUUUUUCAACGCACCUGACUGUCAUGUGACUCCACUGGAACCGACGUCAGCUCGGACGUUUCCAAGUUAAUGUUGCUAUAGCUUAUCAAAUUUGGUCGCAGGAAUUUUGCUUGUUACACUAUCCGUAUACCCAUAGUUAAUUAAAGUGGAGUGGUUGGGAAACCGUUUGUUAUAUGUUUUUGGUAGGGUAGCUUUUUUGGACCUGACCAUGCAUAACGUUCAAUAGCAUUCCUAUCAUUUUGAACUCACUGGCCAAUAGAAACAUUGUAUUAAUUUAUUCAGUCACAAUUUGUGAACAAAAAACAAAGGAUUGAGCACGGUCAGGGAGCUUCCAACAUAACCUACAGCCCCGUUGUUUUCAACUUUGAUGCCGGGUUUCCUAACCAGUCUCCUCUACUAACUAUGAUCACCACCUAACGCCCUUGUGCACCUAAGUGAACGGACCUGUAUGGCUUCUUUGCAAGCUGACAUUUACGUAGCUUUUUUUUUUACAUUUCGCCCCACGUAAGGGCAAGAGAGUCUUGAAUCCUAGAUUCCACUCUGUGCAUUCUGGAAUCCUGGUCAGUGGAACUCCGGAUUCCAAAGCCCAGAAUUCUGGAUUCCUCCUGCAAAAGUUUUCCUGAUUCCGUAAUCCGGAUUGCCUUACAUAGGGCGACACACUCGCAACACUCUCAAUUAAUACCAGUCAUUUAUUUUGUACUGAACAUUAUUUUUUACCUUCAUUUUCAAAAUGCCAUUUAGAGCUAUUUAGUCAACCAACAUUAGUUCUGUAGCGACUAUAGACAACUGAAAUUGUGCAAUUGACCAAUAUAUAAUUAUAAACCUUUUUCUUGUUUUAAUUUCGCUAUCUUUUUCACGUCACUCAUCAUGUCUAUUCUAGCCAAAUCCGCCCCCAGGACUUUUCCGGAAAAGCCCCGGGGAAGAGGUCAUUUUAGCUGUCCAAACUAAUAUAUGUUUUCUCUUCCAAAGCACAUGGACUUGCUAAUUCACCUUCACCACCAACAAUAAAGCUAUCUGAAAAUAACGGCACGUCCUUGUCAACGAAUCGAUCAUCUGAAAAUUUUACCUCUACUGUACCAACAACGAAAGCGUCUACAAAUGUUAGUACACCUGCAUCAACGACUCAAGCAUCGGUCAGUGGUACUACUGCCGUGACAACGGCUAAACCAUCCCAAAGUCUUGCGCCAACGACUCACACAUCCAAACCAGCUGAUAAUACGACUAUGACAACCACUCAAACAGCCAAACCAGUUACUACGUCUAUGCCAACCACUCAAGCAUCCAAACCAGUUAAUACGUCUAUGCCAACCACUCAAACAGCCAAACCAGCUAAUACGUCUAUGCCAACGACUCAAGCAUCCAAACCAGUUAAUACGUCUAUGCCAACCACUCAAACAACCAAACCAGUUAAUACGUCUAUGCCAACGACUCAAGCAUCCAAACCAGUUAAUACGUCUAUGCCAACCACUCAAACAACCAAACCAGUUAAUACGUCUAUGCCAACCACUCAAACAACCAAACCAGCUAAUACGUCUAUGCCAACGACUCAAGCAUCCAAACCAGUUAAUACGUCUAUGCCAACGACUCAAACAUCCAAACCAGUUAGUACGACUAUGCCAACCACUCAAACAGCCAAACCAGCUAAUACGUCUAUGCCAACCACUCAAGCAUCUAAACAAAGCAAGAGCAAGAGCACUGGAAAAUCAGCUGAGAAACCUACGAGUAGCCACUCUGGUAGCAAAGGUAAAAACAAAAACAGUGAAAUGUCUUCUAACGUUAAAAACCAUAGCUUUCUGAUUAACAAAAGGAAAAGACGCGCUCCCGAGUUGUUGCUUUGUGCGAAUUUAAUCACACAAAAAUAUGCUUUCGGAGUUCGGUUCAGGCCCCUAAGAUAAGGUGUAAGGGUACAGUAAAGAGUCAUUCUACACUUAAAUUAAACACAUCUUCUACAAUGAUCGGUAAUUUCAAAUAAUUUUAAAGAAUUUCCUUAUCCAGCGCACGGGAACAAUAUGCAUAAUCCUUCUGUGGUGCAGAAGUGGCUAGAGCACAAGGACUACAGUCCCCCAAAAAUGUCCUUGAUAUUAAGUGGAUUACGGGCUUGACUAACCUGACUAUAUUUUCGAAUGGAAUGUUUAAUUAUCAAACUCUACAUUGCAAUAACACAUUGCCAUGUUGAAGCUGCGGGGGCUAAAGCGGUAUCUUCCCCCUCCCCCUACCCCGGCAACGACACUUUACGUUUUAGCCUUUGAAGCUAAGGACAUUGUUUGGACCAUUUAUCUCUUUUUUUUUUAACAACUCGUUCUGCGAGCUCCAUGGUGCCCACUUUCGAAGGCUACAUCGUUAAUUUUUUGUCUAAAGUCCCCGUACGGCGUUUUCUCCGGCCCUAUCGGUCAAUACACUUCGGUGACGUAUCCGAGACGAACGGACGGGAAACGGCCCCACUUCUUCGCUCGGACCACAUGACCCGAAACGCAUUGGCCGCGUAAAAUAAUGAGGCCUAGGGAGAGAGGGUUGUGACCCUACUAACUUGAGAAGCGACACGGGAUAAAAAUGUUUCUUAAUUGGCGUCAGAUUAUGGUCUGAUCAUGCGCAAAAGCGAAAAUCUUGUUUUGUUGCAGACAAUACUCGGCUCAUGCGCAGUUUAGCCCCUUGGCUAGCUGCAGACUGUCAACAACUUUUACAACUGCAAUGAAAAGACAAGCACAUUUUUAAAAAGAAAGACAGAGGUUUGAUUCCUGGGUGUUAAAACGGGUAACAUCGCUUUUCAUCUCGUUUUGCAGCAAUCACUGUGUUGCAAAACAAGUUACCUGUUUUUGUUGACAAGUCGGUUUACCGUAGCUUUUGAGAAAAAUGAAGGUCUGAAUAGUCUAGACGAUAUUAUUUUAAGACCUAUAGUAAUCUAUUUAGGCUGCCCUGCCUCCAGAAAUUCGGAAUUUUUUUCUUGUCAGUAAUCUGAUAAAUAAAUAAAUAAAUAAAUAAAGAGAAGCAAUUAUCAAACUUCGUUUGAUAAUUGUUUCUCACAACUAUAUACGACAGGCGACGACAAUUGUUAAUGAUCUAUUAUAUUUCACUUUGCAGAAACUCCCAAAGUCCAAGCACAUAAAAGCGGGAAGCUCUCGGCCGGGAUUAUCGCUGGUAUUGUGGUGGGUGUGAUAGCCGGCCUGGUUCUUUUUGUUGUGGGGGUCAUAUUUUUCAGAAGAUACAAACGGUUAAGAGCUCAAUACACCCACAGCCUUAUGGUGAAUAUGGACGAGCUGUAACUUACUGAACUUACUGCAUGAUCGCACGCUCGAUACUGAAGAACUUUUUAUUGGUCGUUUGCCAGCCCGGCUAACAGAGAGACGUUUGAGACUAGAAAGGAAUCUACGAAGGGGGGUGAAAACAAAAAAAUUGAUUCAUAAUUGGUGCUCUUUAGAAGUGCCGUUUCUUUUAACCCUUUAAGCCCUAAUAUCCACAUAUAAAUUCUCCAAACUGAUCUUCAUACAUUUCCUUUAAGAACUAACUGAGAGUCUGAUAACAGAUCAGAGCAUUUUCUCUUAGGUGAUCAUUUUAUUAACUCUCAUAACUAUUCCUCUUGGCAACAUAUGGAUAUUGUUAGGAGAAAAUUGUUGUUGGUCACCAUUGGGACUUAAAGGGUUAAGUAUUUUACAGUACCAAGAGAGAAUGAGCUAAACAUUGAUGAGCUCACUCGCUCUUGAUUGUACUAAAUAACUGUAAGUUGGAGCAUGUUUAUGAAGAGAACACUUUUCUCAAUGUUAUAUGUUGUUGUAGUUUAAACGUUAGUAAGGAGGGUAAUUCAGGGAAAUUUAAGAACAUUUUUUGCAGUAGUUUCGAGAUAAUGAUGCCUGAUCAGCCCAUAAGCACAAUUUGUAUUCUCGGUCAGAGAUUGUGAUCACAUUUUUGGAUAACUAAUUUUAAUUCUUGAAAGUUGGUUAACAAGAACCAGAAACUUUAAAGUUAUAAUAAAGCAAUUAUACAAAGAUGGUCGAGUUAACACUAUCUACCUCAUCUUGUGGUAAGGAAAUAAAUAGCAUUAACUCCCAUUAUAGUUCCCAGGGCCGAGCGGGAUCAGGGCUUGGGGUAGUAGUGGUCAUUGGGUAGUUAUCCGUUCCCCCUUCAAAGCCCGGGAAAAGUUUUCAAAAAAAAAU